UCGUCUGCAAGGCGCCGGGGAGCCUCGGGGAGGGAGAGCGGCCGUGGCAGCGACGCCGACGUCCUGCGCGUUCCCCCCCUCGCCGCGGCACCCGCCGGCGCCCUCCUCCUCCUCCUCCUCCUCCUCCUCCGCGGCGGCGGCGGCGGCGGCCUCCAUCUUCCUCUCGCUGCCAGUGGUAGCGCUCGUCUGGCGGAGCUGGAGCUUACUCCUUGUUCUGCGCUCAGGAAUCACUCCUGGUGGUGCUCAGGGGACUAUAUGGGAUGCUGGGGAUUGAACCCAAGUUGGCCACAUGCAAGGGCUGAAAGACACACAGAAGUCUUCAUGGAUAUAGUUGAUACAUUUAAUCAUUUAAUUCCUACUGAACACUUAGAUGAUGCCCUAUUUCUAGGAUCCAACCUGGAGAAUGAAGUCUGUGAGGAUUUUAGUACAAGUCAAAAUGUCUUAGAGGACUCGCUGAAGAACAUGCUCAGCGAUAAGGAUCCUAUGCUAGGAUCUGCAAGUAACCAGUUCUGUUUGCCUGUUUUGGAUAGCAAUGAUCCCAAUUUCCAGAUGCCUUGUUCAACAGUUGUUGGUCUUGAUGAUAUUAUGGAUGAAGGAGUUGUUAAAGAAAGUGGCAGUGAUGCUAUUGAUGAAGAAGAACUGAUUUUACCUAACAGGAAUUUAAGGGACAAUGUGGAAGAAAACUCAGUAAGAUCACCAAGAAAGUCACCUCGUUUAAUGGCACAAGAACAAGUAAGAAGUUUACGACAGAGCACUAUUGCCAAGCGUUCAAAUGCAGCACCUUUGAGUAGCACAAAAAAGGCACCUGGGAAGAUUGUGUCUACUCCUAAAGCGGGGGUAAAACAACUGGAGAGAUGUCAAGUUAAAGAAGAAGCUUGUGCAUCACUUAAAUCUGAAUACUAUAAAGAGAGCAGAAGAAGCAGUCGUCACACUGGACAAAUUAAAUUGGAAUCAGAAGUGUCAGAGCCUUCAAGUCAUUCUUCAUUGUCCUCUUGUCUUGAAAUGAAUGAUAAAGUUGAAAUAGAUUCUAAACAGAACUGUACUAAUCAAAGAGAAGCAAAAGUGCCAUGCCAUGAAUUAAAUUGUCCACUCCUUUCAGAGACAUGUGUCAAUAUUGAAGAAAAGAAAAGUGAAACUCUGAUGGAAAGCAAAAUUAAGACUGAUAGUAACCCAUUUUUUAAUGUUUCAGAUAAAGAAGAACAUGAACAGAAUGAUCCUAUGCCAGAUAAAAUUGAUCAAAAUAUUGUAGGAGAAAUGAGAGAAAAGGGGAAAAUUGAACAAGAAUCAAUAGGUGGUGUAGAAUUACCCCAGGAAGAUGACCAAAUUAUUGAGGAACCAGCAUCUUCUGUGACACUCUCAGAUGCUGCUGCUUUUUCAAAUGCAAAUAAAAUGAAAAAGAGUCUUGUAGAUUUAUCUAGUUCUGUGGAUGAAAUAAAGGAAUGUAAUUUGGAAUUGAAGAAUACCAAGGAAGUAACUGAAAAAGACAAGAGUUCCUUUCAAAGACAUGAAAUAGAACCAGUGGAUUAUUGUAAAGACACAAAGUCCAGUGAUAAACAGUUAGAGAAUACCGAGUUUAAUGAGUCAAAUUUGGAGGUGGUUGAUACUAGUCCUUUAGAACUAGAAAGUAAUAUUUUAGAAAAUGCUGUUUGUGAUGUUUCUGACCAAAAUUCAAAACAAUUAAAUAUUAUCGAAACUGUUAAAAUGGAGUCUCAUGAAGCAGCAAACAUUCAAGAUGACAAAAACAGCCAGUCAAAUACUACUACUUGCUCAGAGUCAAAAAACACAAAAUCUAAAUAUAUAAAACCUGCAAUUCCUUCUAAACAAAACAUGACCACGGAUAAUAUGAGGAAAAUUGUUGAUGCAAAGCAUGAACUAGUGCAUAACAAAACUAAAGUUCAUGUCAAAAAUGUGAAAAGAAAUGCUGAUGAAGCAGAAUCACAGCAAAAUUUUCAUAGAUCAGCCAAAGUGAGAAAAAAACAGGUUGAUAAAGAUCCAAAGACUUGUAAUUCUGGGGUCAAAUCUGUGAAAAAUCAAGCUCAUCCUAUAUUGAAAAGAACACCACAGGAUCAAAAUUUUGUACAGAUUUCUAAACCUUUAGUUCAUUCUUCGACUGAUAAGCCUCAUGGGCAACCUGGUUGCUCUAAAGAAUCUCAGCAUUCUGCACAGAUAGGCCAUUUAUUACAUCAGAAACAAUGCCAUAAGCCUCAGCAACUAGUUACUGCAGUGAAAACCAAUAUUCAUAUGAAGGAAGAGCUUGAACAGACAAGUGUGGAGCAUCUUAAGGAGGAGGAUAAACUAAAACUUAAAAAGCCUGAGAGGAAUCUACAGCCUCGCCAAAGAAGAAGUAGCAGAAAUUUUUCUUUGGAUGAGCCACCAUUGUUCAUUCCAGACAAUAUAGCUACAGUAAAAAGAGAAGGCUCAGAUCAUAGCUCUUCAUUUGAAACCAAAUAUAUGUGGACUCCCAGCAAACAUUGUGGGUUUUGCAAAAAGCCACAUGGCAACAGGUUUAUGGUUGGCUGUGGGAGAUGUGAUGACUGGUUUCAUGGUGAUUGUGUUGGAUUAAGCCUUAGUCAAGCACAACAAAUGGGAGAGGAAGACAAAGAAUAUGUGUGUGUCAAAUGUUGUGCUGAAGAAGAUAAAAAGACUGAAGUAGAUGUGGAUAUUUUGGAAAAUCAAGCUAAACUUGAAGUUCAUAUCGAAGAUAAGACAAUGGAAUAUGAAAAGCUUGGGUUGUCAAAGCAUAUGCCAACAAAUGACAAAACCAAAUAUGCUGAUGAUACAGUGAAACACAAGGUCAAGAUUUUAAAACGGGAAUCUGGGGAAGGUAAGAACUCAUCAGACUAUAGAGACAGUGAAAUUAAAAAAUGGCAGCUAGCUCCUCUUCGAAAGAUGGGACACCCAGUAUUACCCCGUAGAUCCUCAGAAGAAAAAAGUGAAAAAAUACCCAAAGAGUCUGUAACUAAUCCUUGUAUAGGAGAAAAAACAUCAAAAACAGGUACUCAUGAGAAACAGGAGAUGAAAAAGAAGAAAAUUGAAAAAGUCGUGUCUAAUACACAUCCACCUCCUGCUUCUUCCAAGCCUUCUGCAGAUCAAAUUAGACAAAGUGUCAGACAUUCUCUCAAAGACAUACUUAUGAAAAGACUUACAGAUUCAAAUUUGAAGAUACCAGAAGAGAAGGCAACGAAAGUUGCCACAAAAAUUGAAAAAGAACUGUUCUCUUUUUUCCGUGACACUGAUGCUAAAUAUAAGAACAAAUAUAGAAGUUUGAUGUUUAAUCUGAAAGAUCCUAAAAACAAUAUACUGUUUAAAAAAGUUCUAAAAGGAGAAGUAACUCCUGACCAUCUUAUAAAAAUGAGUCCUGAAGAACUAGCUUCUAAAGAAUUAGCUGCUUGGAGAAGAAGAGAAAAUAGACAUACUAUAGAGAUGAUUGAGAAAGAACAGAGAGAAGUGGAAAGACGACCAAUCACAAAAAUUACUCAUAAAGGUGAAAUAGAGAUUGAAAGUGAUGCCCCAAUGAAAGAACAGGAAGCAGUUAUGGAGAUUCAGGAACCUAUAGCUAAUAAGUCAUUGGAGAAGACUGAAGGAUGUGAGAAACUAAAAGAAGAGAUUGACUCCAUGUCUAAAGAUACAACUAAUCAACAUAGGCAACAUCUUUUUGAUCUUAACUGCAAAAUUUGUAUAGGUAGAAUGGCACCACCAGCAGAUGAUCUUUCUCCAAAAAAGGUGAAAGUUGUUGUUGGAGUGUCUCGGAAACAUUCGGACAAUGAAGCAGAUAGUAUAGCAGAUGCGUUAUCUUCAACCUCAAAUAUUUUAGCUUCGGAAUUAUUUGAUGAAGGGAAACAAGACUCUCCAAAGUCAACUUUUUCUCCUGCACCACGUCCAGAGAUGCCAGGAACUGUUGAAGUUGAAUCUACCUUUCUGGCUCGGCUGAACUUCAUCUGGAAAGGUUUUAUCAAUAUGCCUUCUGUGGCAAAAUUUGUGACCAAAGCUUACCCAGUGUCUGGCUCCCCUGAGAACUUAACAGAGGAUCUACCAGACAGUAUUCAAGUAGGAGGAAGGAUAUCACCUCAGACAGUUUGGGAUUAUGUUGAAAAAAUAAAAGCAUCAGGAACCAAGGAAAUAUGUGUGGUUCGCUUCACACCCGUCACUGAAGAGGAUCAGAUUUCUUAUACUUUGCUGUUUGCAUAUUUUAGCAGUAGAAAACGCUAUGGAGUAACUGCUAAUAACAUGAAACAGGUUAAAGAUAUGUACCUUAUUCCUUUGGGUGCCACAGAUAAAAUUCCACACCCUCUUGUGCCUUUUGAUGGACCUGGACUUGAACUACAUAGACCUAAUCUGUUGUUGGGCUUAAUCAUUCGUCAGAAAUUGAAACGACAACAUAGUGCUAGUGCUAGUCAUACAGCUGAGACUCCUGAAAGUGUACCAAUAGCAUUGCCACCUGAUAAAAAAAGUAAAGUAGAUAUUUCCAUGGAGGAAACAACAGAGGAAGAAAGUGACUUUUUUAAUUCUUUCACAACUGUAUUGCAUAAGCAAAGAAAUAAGCCUCAGCAAACUCUUCAAGAAGACCUUCCAGCAGUAAUUGAACCCUUGGUAGAAGUCACCAAACAGGAUCCACCAAAACCAUUACGAUUUCUUCCUGGGGUAUUGAUUGGCUGGGAAAAUCAACCUUCUACUCUGGAAUUAGCAAAUAAGCCUCUUCCUGUGGAUGAUAUUCUUCAGAGCCUUUUGGGCACUACUGCUCAAGAAUAUGAACAGGCUCAACCAGUGACAGAACAAAACAGUCUUAAAAAAAUUCCAUUUAUAAAUGAACCAGCCAACCCCCAAACUGAGAAAAUGGAUAAAGCAGAAGUGACAGAUAAUGAAACCGAGGGGGAAAAUGUUAAAUUAGAUCCUUUUUCUGAAGCUGUAGGUAAUUCAGCGGAAGAAGAGACAUCAGCUACAGGUUCCUCUUUCAUUUCUUCUGGACAUUUAACAAAUCUUAGUCUCAGAGGUAAACCACCUGAUGUUUCUACAGAAGCAUUCUUAACUAAUUUAACAAUCCAAUCAAAACAGGAGGACAGUGUCGAGAGUAAAGAGAAGCCAUUAAAAAGACAGUUACUGCAAGAUCAAGAGAAUAACAUGCAAGAUAAUCAGACUUCAGGUACUAAUGUAGGAAAAGGAAAUGCAGAUGGUAAUGUGAGUUGUAAUGAAAAUCUUGUUGCUAACACAAAGUCCCCACAGUUCAUCAACCUGAAAAGGGAUCCCAGGCAAGCAGCAGCAGCAGGACGAAGUCAGCAGACAACCACUUCAGAAAGUAAAGAUGGAGAUAUUUGCCAGAAUGAAGAAAUAAACACCCUGCCUACUCUGUCACUUACUGAGAACUUAACAGAACAAAUCCAUGUAGAGGAAAAGUUGGCUUCUGCAGAGCAAAGCCCAAGUGUUCAGCAGAAUGAGAAUUCAGUGGUUGAACAGAACUCUUCAUCAACAGAAAACACAAACACUUCUCAGACUGAACAAGUGAAUCACCCACAGGAGGAUAUUUUAAUGCAAAAUAUUGAAACAGUGCACCCAUUUCGAAGAGGAGGGGUCGGAACCACAUCUCAGUUUGAAGUUGGAGGCACCUGUCAAUCCGAAUUUUCUUCUAAAAGUACCACCUUUACUUCUAGAAACAACAGUCCCAGAACAGGUACAAACUUUUCACCCAUGAGACCACAGCAGCCCAACCUUCAGCAUCUCAAGUCUAGUCCUCCUGGAUUUCCUUUUCCAGGGCCUCCUAAUUUUUCUCCUCAAGGCAUGUUUGGAUUUCCACCGCAUUUGCCACCUCCAUUACUUCCCCCUCCAGGCUUUGGCUUUUCUCAAAACCCCAUGGUUCCUUGGCCACCUGUUGUUCAUCUGACAGGCCAGCAACAAUGUAUGAUGGGUCCCCUUUCACAAGCAUCAAGGUAUUUAGGGCCACAAAAUUUUUACCAGGUAAAAGACAUACGGAGACCAGAAAGGCGCCAUAGUGAUCCCUGGGGUAGACAAGACCAACAACUUGAUAGACCAUUUAAUCGAGGCAAAGGGGAUCGCCAGAGAUUUUAUAGUGAUUCACAUCACUUGAAGAGAGAACGACAUGAAAAGGAGUGGGAACAAGAAUCUGAAAGACAUAGGCACAGAGACAGAACCCAGGACAAAGACAGAGAUAGAAAAAACAGGGAGGAAGGGCACAAAGAUAAAGACAGGGCACGGUUAUCACAUGGUGAUGGAAAAGUAAGUAGAGAUAGUAGAAAUGUAGACAAGAAACUAGAUAAACCUAAAAGUGAAGACCAUGUAAAGGACAAAGAACGAGAGAAAAGUAAACAGAGAGAAGGAGAAAAGGACAGAGAUAGAUAUCACAAAGAUAGGGACCAUGCUGACAGAACUAAAAGCAAAAGGUAAAAUUUGCAGGCCGUGUCAAGAUUGUAUUUAAGAAACAGAUAAAUGUUAUAUCUUAAAACCUUGAUGAUUGCCUGAUAGGAUUGUGCCAUCUUUUACAUUUUUAAUAUUGGUGGUUUGUGUGUUGGGGCAGAGUGCUGUGUACCAGUGCUCAUCAUCCCUUCUUCAUACCAACUGUCUAGUAAAUAGGAAUUUAAAUUUUUUAAAGUUUUACAUUGCGGUAUAUUCAAAUAUUUGUUUUAUUAAUAUGCAAUAAAGGCUUAGAAAAUUUAGUUUUAUUCUUUAAUUGGUAAAAAUGGUUAACUAUGGAAUAUAUUUACUGCCUCUAGUGAAUGUCCUUUAUAUAAUUAUUAAUUUGAAAGUAAUGUGUGCUCUGUAUGUUUGUUACAAAUUACACUGUUUUUAAAGAUAUUGUAGAAGAGCAACAAAAAGCCAACCAAUUUCAUAACCAGAUUGUUUUAAUCAUUUAGUUUAACAUUUUUGACCAGGAAUCAGAAAUCUAAGGAGUUCAUGUAUAUUGUGUAUAAUCUACACUCAUUGAAGGCUUUCAUUACCAUGUUACAACUUUGUGGUAGGCCAUUACUUGCUUUUCAUUUUGGCUAUUCAGAGACUUGAAUACUUAAGCUUGUACAUGAUCUUGUGUUUUGCUAUCCUUUUUACUGUAAAAUGUAAAUAUUUUAAGGGAUAUUUUGAUUCUAAAUAUGAUAAAAGAAUUUCUCACCUA